AUGAAAGGAAAAGGCAAUACUUUUAAAGAUGUUUUUGUAAGGAGAAAAAAGGUUGAACAGGCAUUGCAAUGGUUGAUAAAACAUAACCCCCAAUACCCCAGUGUAAAGGUUAAUAUUACUUCACUUAACUCUUUACCAGUUAAUGGUGUUCCAGCUGAACUCCAAAUUAUUGAAUCAGACAAUGAUCCGGAGGGAAAAUUAGAUGAAAUUUAUCAUUCUUAUGACACAGAAG